AUGCCAAAUUUUGCGUUACUGUCUGUAUUCGGCAACGAAGCGCCACAUCAGUCGACAAUUUCCCGUUGGUAUGGAGAAUUCAAACGUGGACGGGUGAGUCUUAUCACCCAGGAAAACGUCGAUGCUGUGCGCAAACUCGUCAUUGAAGAAAGACAUGUGACAUAUCGCAAAAUUGAGGCGUCCUUGAAGAUCUCAAAGACCUCAAUUCAAAACACUUUACAUCAAGAAUUAGGAGUAAGAAAAUUAGUUUCUCAUUGGAUACCCCACCUGUUGACUGAAGAGCAGAAAGCAGCCGGGGUUAAUUGGUGUCAAAAACCACUUGGCCGUUUCAAUUCCGGAAACUCAAAGAACGUGUACAGCAUUCCAACAAUAGUCAUCCGUUCUCGAAGUGUUUCGAAAAAGAUGGUCGCGACAUUUGUGUCAAAAGCGGGUCAUAUUGCAACAAUUCCUCUUAAUGAGCACAGAACUGUUACUGCGGAUUGGUAUACCACCAUUUGUUUGCCAAAAGUUGUCACCGAGCUUCGAAAAAUCAACCCCGCAAGAAGAAUCAUCCUCCACCAAGACAAUGCAAGCUCGCACACAGCCCAAAGAACAAGGCAGUAUUUAACGGAAGAAAUCGUGGAAUUAUUGGACCAUCCUAAAUAUAUUACCGAUCUAAGUCCUAACGAUUUCUUUACUUUCCCGAAAAUUAAACACAGACUGCGUGAAGAAGCAGUUGACGCAUUCAAAGAUGCCGUUUUGGAUCUGCCAGCAAACGAGUGGAAUAGGUGCUUCGAAAAUUGGUUCGAGCGCAUGCAGAUGUAUAUUAAUCUUCGUGGAGAAGACUUCGAAAAACAAUAA